UUAUAGUGUUUUUGUUUACUUUAAUUAGUAGUAAUUCCAUGGAUAAAAAGUGGAUGACUGCCGAUUGAUUGUCAAAAGAGUACGAGAAUGGGGUAUUGGAAUUCGUUAAGUUUGCUGUUGAACAUGUCGAAGACUCCAAUCGAAUGAAAUGUCCUUGUUUGGGUUGUUAUGCGGGUCGGGUUGACGCAGAUGGAUUGAAAUCGCAUUUACUGACGCAUGGGAUUGAUCGAAGUUAUAAGUGUUGGAUAUAUCAUGGUGAGAAAAUUAACGAGAAUGUUGAACUGGGGGAGAAAAGUAAUACGACGACCUAUGCUCCAGACGACAAUGACACGGAUACAUACGAUUGUGAUCGAGUCGAAGAGAUUGCAGAAGCACUUGAAGAAGAUCUUAAGGACUGUCCCAAAAUGUUUGAGAGGUUGGUAAGCGAUGUAGAGAAACCGCUGUAUAAAGGUUGCAGUAAAUUCACAAGACUGUCUGUGGUAUUAAAGUUGUACAACUUAAAGGCGGACAAUGGAUGGUCGGAUAAAAGUUUCACAGAGUUAUUAGCCCUUAUGAGAGAUAUGCUUCCGGAGGAUAAUGUUCUUCCUAAUCGAACCUAUGAGUCCAAAAAAAUGUUGUGCUCUAUUGGCAUGAGCUAUGAUAAGAUACAUGCUUGUCCAAACGAUUGCGUUUUGUUUCGAAACGAAUAUGCAUCGUUAAAUGAGUUCCCUAAAUGCGGUUUAUCUCGAUAUAAGAAAAAAUUGUCUCCAGCAAAAGUCUUAUGGUAUUUUUCUAUAAUUCCGAGAUUUAGGCGCAUGUUUCGUAGUGAAACCGAUGCAAGACAUUUGACUUGGCAUGCAGAUGAAAGAAUUAUUGAUGGAAAGUAUCGACAUCCGGCAGAUUCACCACAGUGGUCGAAAAUUGAUGAUGAUUAUCCUGAUUUUGGAGAAGAAGCAAGAAACCUUCGAUUGGCAUUAUCUACUGAUGGAAUGAAUCCACAUGGUUUUCAAAGUAUCUCACAUACCACAUGGCCUGUGAUUCUUAUGAUUUAUAACCUACCCCCAUGGUUAUGUAUGAAGCGUAAGUACAUGAUGAUAUCUAUGUUAAUUUCUGGGCCUAAACAACCAGGGAAUGACAUGGACGUAUACUUGACACCUUUGAUCAAUGAUUUAAAGAUUUUGUGGGAGAACAGUGUGGAGGUUUAUGAUGGAUAUAGGAAAGAAAGUUUCAAUUUGAGGGAGAUGUUAUUUGGCACAAUCAAUGAUUUUCCAGCAUACAGAAAUCUAUCAGGGUAUAGCAUUAAAGGUCAAAAAAUGUGUCCUGUUUGUGAAGAUGGAACCGAUACGACGCGAUUGGACCUUUGUCAGAAGAAUGUGUUGCUCGGUCAUCAUAGAUUAUUACAUUCGUGUGUAUAUUUAUUUAUUUAUUUGUUUAUGUGAAUUGUUCUAAAUUAUGCGUUUAUGUUUUAUUAGCGUUAUACAAGUUUUUCGAGCAUAAAGAGGAAGUCAAGUACCAAAGAGUAAAGCCAACAACAUCACAUGGAUUCGAGUGGAGUGUCCUGAGCAGCGUAACGAAGUAGAUUGCGGUUUUUACAUGUUGCUGUUUAUGAAAGAAAUUCUUCUUUUGAAUCAAAUAGAGAUUCCGUCCAAGUACUUUGAUGAAUUCAAGUGUGCUACUUACUCAAGAUCUAAGUUUGAUGAACUUAAGGAGGAUUGGUGUCAAUUCAUGAUUGAGUUGAAAGUUGUAUAGGUAUAUUGAAAU